AAUCCGUUCAAAAUCAAUAUUUGUGUUCAACUGGUUGAAAGGUUUAACAAGCGUUUUACCUCGUUUGGUCUUUCAUUUGUAAAACAAGCCAAUCCAUCAUUUCAGAUUAACAAUGGAUUCUUCAAAAUAAAGUAUUCAACCUACAAUUGGAUUUACCUUUGUGAUACAAUUUUUAGUCAAUUAACUGGAUAUCAAUUGUAUUUAUCAUCUAAUCAUUUAUUUUUCAUUCUACUACUUUUCUCGACUCAUUCAUCAAUAAUAACAAGCUCAAUUAAUAAUGUUCAUCUCGAGUCAAUUCAUUUGCCAUCAUCAAAAUGGACAUCCAAAGCCAACUCUACUCAUCAAAAUGAUUAUCUAAUUGAUUGGAAUCCAUCAAAUGAUGUAGACAACAUUAAAGCUAAUAAUAAAUCACUGGAAGUAGACUAUUGUGAUUACGCAUUUAUGAAUGAAGAAGACAGGAAAAAGGCGUUUCAAGAAUAUUUGAUGAUAAAUGAAACAUCCAACGAGAUUAAUAGGCCUAAACGAUCAUUAGCCAAAAUAUAUACCAUUGAGACAGCCAUUUUUGUCGAUUCAAGUUUAGCUCAAAAGUAUGACGGACACUUGGAUGAUCUUCAGCGUCUCAUCAUGUCAAUCAUGAAUGAAGUCCAAUUGAUUUAUGAAUAUUCAUCAAUGGAAACAAGAAUUCAAAUUGUUAUAACAAAACUAGAGAUUUUAAGAAAUGAAGGACCUGAUGAUGCCGAAGGUGAUAUUGAUCAGUAUUUAGACAAUUUUUGUCUUUGGCAAGCGAAACUUCAUCGAGCUGAGAAUUGGGCUCAACGUUGGGAUCACGCUUUAAUGUUAACCGGACUUGAUCUUUACAAAGACAUUGGCGGAGGUAAAAAAAAUAAGAAAGUUUUGGGCUUGGCUUGGGUUAAUGGUAUGUGUAAGCCAACUUAUAGUUGUACUUUGAAUGAAGGUAAAAGCUUUGAGGCUUCAUUUGUUAUUGCUCAUGAAAUGGGCCACAGCCUUGGAAUACUUCAUGAUGGCCGGAGUAACAAUUGUGAUGCUGAUAAAUUCAUCAUGUCUGAGAAAACUGGUCCAGGUAAAAUAAACUGGUCACCCUGUAGUAAUGUCUACAUCACCAAUUUUCUUUCUCGUGGCCAUGGACGUUGCUUGGAGAAUGUUGCCAUGGCAACUGGUGAGCUUGACUUUCGUCGAUUAGGUCGACUUCCUGGUGAACAAUUUCCUCCCAAUAUUCAAUGUCAAUUAGCCCUUGGAUCUCAGUAUAAGGCUUAUGUUUCUUCUAAAGAGCCUUUCAAUAACAUUUGUCGUGAACUUUGGUGUUUAUCUGGUAGUUGGGCGACUCCUGCUCAUCCUGCUCUUGAAGGAUCCCAAUGUGGUCCAGAUGAUAGACGAUGUUACCAAGGGUCAUGUUCAUCUGGACGAGUAAAGAUUCAAGAAGCUCAAGAAAGCAAUAUAAAUAAUCACUUUAACCGUUUAACAUCACUAAGUCAAUCGACAUCAUUUAAUGGUGGACAAUUAAUACCACUUAAUCGACCCUCUUCCACUCCAUGGAAUCGCCGCUGGAAUCGUAAUAGAACCGGUUUCCGACCCUUUAGACGUAAAUCAAGCAUAAAUCCAUUCUAUUCUUUACCCAAUCCUGGUCCAAUCAUUUACAAUAGACGAAGACCAUUAAUCGAUUCUAAUCAUGCAAGUCAACUAGACAGUCUGGCUGGUAUGGCCAAGUCAAGUCAAUCCAGUGAAACGAUUAGAAUGAAAAGAAAAACUGAUUCAGAUGAUAAACAAACCAUGAGAAGUAGUAAAGGCUCGAUUAAUGGCAAUCAAAGUAAACAAUCAACUAACUUCACCAAUCCUGGAAACUUUACCAACAGUCAAACUGCAAUGUUAACCGAUAACUUAUGGAUGGAAACUAUUCGUAAUCAAAUUAAAUCAUUUACUGAAGGAGCUAAAAAUUUAUUUUCAUCUCUUUUCCGAGGUUAACUAAAGAUUUCAAAUAAACUAAUGAUGGUUUUGUCAACCCUGAUGACAAUCAACUUAUGAUUCAACUCAAUUGGAUAUCCUUUAAUCAACCAAGUGGCAUUUGGAAUGAGAAUUUGCAAAUUAAAUUAAACUUGGACGUAAAUUUGGUUGGGUUUUUUAGGUAGAGAAGGAGUGAAUGGUAAUCAAUUUAAUUGCUGUUCAUUCACUUGUUAAUUAAAUCCCAUUCAAGUUUUCAUCAAAACAGAAAGAGAGUGAAAAAAGUACAAAAAAAGCUAAUAUUAACUUGCAAAUAGGCAACAUUAUAAUGAAACAAAAAAAGAGUGAAAACAAAUGAACGUAAACUGGCCUUGACUCGCUUUUCCUCCAUUGUUUUAUCGUUUCCGUUUUUAUUUUAUUCAUCAAUUUUAACAAUUAAUUUUACACUCUUUUUUUACUACUGAUUGUUGAUUUAUCCUUGAUUAAUUUAAAUCAUGAAAUAGCUGUUGAUCUUCAUCAAGUUUAUAAAUACCGAGACGGGCAAAUAUUGACUCAAUAAUUAAGAGAAGCAAGCAAAGGAAGGAGAAGCAAAAAAUCUGGAAAACUAUUGAUUCGACGAGUUGGUUUCAAUGGAAAAGAAGAAAAAGAAAAAGGAAAAAAUGAUGAAAAUUCUUGGAAACUUUUCUUUCCCAUUCUCUAUGUUCACCGAUGAUGAUAAAGGCAGCAACUAAUCAUGGCAAUCAUAAUCUUUUGAAACAUUGGAAAUGUUUUUCCAACAUCAAUUGUUGACUCAAUGGAAAUGUAGUUUAAUGAUGAAAAUCAAUGGAUAAGAUUGAAAAGUGAUUAAUGGACUAGUUAAAUGGACUAAUUGGUUGUAAUUAAUGUUGAUUGUAACGAUCCAAUUGAUCGAUAGGAAUGAAGAAAAUCUUUACUGAAUAAAUGAAUUUUGUCUCUA